AUGAAGUUCUCAAGCAUCUUCAUCACCGCAGCCGUUUUCGUUGGUGCUAUCUCCGCUGCCGCCGUUCCCGAUACAAACAUCCCUGGUAUUGACCUCAACAAGCGAUCUUGUAACGAAGAGCAGUUUAGGCAGUGUACUCGCAACUGCCCUACCGGAACUGGCGGGGGUCCCAUUGGAUGCCCUAUUGGCAAGUCACAGUUUGGUAUACCAGUGUAG